ACAUGUCUCACAGGCACCCACUGGCCAACCAGGACUUAGCACCACAUUUUGUUUGACCAUCUCUUUUUAGUGAAAUCUGGAAACGUGUGGAGGGUGUCUGGCAGCAGUGAGCUGUUGAAUGUUUGGGCCUUAGGGGACAGAGGGAUGAGCCUGGAGAAAGUGUUAUAGUAGAAUGUCCCUAUGCCAGUGGACCUUUCAUUGUGGGAGUAGCCAUCUAACGAUUUCUGGAUUGGAAUUAAAUUCAGCACCAGGAACAGCUAAGGACAGAAGAACAGUUUCAAAAGUGGAACAUAUGAAGUCUGCCUGGUUUGUCAUUGGAAUACACUGACGGCAAUUACACUGGCAACAAUAAGACGAGUGGAACAAUAGGCUGUUUUAUUUAUCGAUUUGUAUUUGUCUUAACUGAUCUACCAGGACAUCAGUUAUAGGAACAAAAGUGAAAGAAAACAUUGGAACACAUGGACGUUCAGUACAAUAAUUGCUCUAGCUACCAAAAGAAAGGCAAGGAGACAUUGAUUUUCAACCCAGAUAGGUAUAUUUGAGGAGGAAAUCUCUUUUGCAUAUAGACCUGGUAGACUAGGUACCAGAGAGGCCCAUUUUCCAGGAGGGCUCCCCUCCCCUCCCUCCCAGCCUCCCGUUGUCCCCAGCAGCAUGUCCCAGGCUGUGAGGUUGCUUCCAGUCCUCCCCACACCAUUCUACCAUGACCACAUGGGCUGCUGGAGGGAGUACGGCUGUCACUGCCUGGGCCACCUCUGGGUCCAGGUUUAGGUCUGGCUCUGGGUCCAGGUUUAGGUCUGGCUCUGGGUCCAGGUUUAGGUCUGGCUCUGGGUCCAGGUUUAGGUCUGGCUCUGGGUCCAGGUUUAGGUCUGGCUCUAGCUUUAUCUCUAGGUCCUUCUUUUCCAGCCUGUCUCUGUCUCUGCUGCUAGCACUGCUGCUCGCCCUUUCCCUCCCCGUAGUUGUCUGCCAUCAACCUCUCUACAGAGGCAGGCUCCAGCCAACCAGCCCCAGUCUCCAGGUUCCGCUGGGGAGGCACGUACGCAGCUACAACCACCUGCAGGGAGAUGUGCGGCAGAGGAAGCUCUUCUCCUUCCAGAAGUUCUUCCUGCGGAUCGAUACAAAUGGCAGAGUUAAUGGGACCAAGAGCAGAGAGGACCCCCUCAGUAUUCUGGAGAUCACGUCGGUGGAUGUGGGGGUGGUGGCUAUCAAAGGCCUGGGCAGUAACUAUUACCUGGCUAUCAGCAGGAAGGGUGUGCUGUACGGAGCGAGAGAGUUUGGCAUUGACUGCACACUGAAGGAGCGUAUUGAGGAGAACGGCUAUAACACCUACGCCUCAGCCGAGUGGAGGAACAAGAAGAGACAGAUGUUUGUGGGGCUGAGUGUCCACGGGAGGCCACUGAGAGGGAAGAAAACAAGGAGGAGGAAAAUGGCCACCCACUUCCUCCCCAUCAUGGUGUGAUGAAGAAGAGCAUUUCACUGUACUAAACAUACCCUGUGGGAGAGCUAUUCAGCAUUGAACAAUCUUUCAGAUAAAGAGUUUUUAAAAUGUACUCUAAUCUAGACAGAGAGCAUCUGAACUAUACCAUUUCUAAAAGAC